CCUUCUCACUUCUGGUAUUACACAAACAGAUAUCCUGUCUCUCCAUCCCUCUUUUCAUUGCUGCUGAGCGAUUGAGAUGUCGCUGCCGCCAGGAUGAGAUCAGUCUUGCCCGUGUCAGCCCUGCGGCCGGCCAAAACACUCACCAAUUGUCAUCCUCACCUGGUCGCUGCCCACCUAUUCCAAAGAAGAUAUUAUGCCAGCACAGGAGGUUCGAAUUCAGGGGCGUCAUCAGCCAGCUCGAAACGCCGUGCAGUGACCCCUUUCAACGAUGACGGCCAUGUUCCCUGGACCGACCUUUCCGGGGCUGAGAAGACCGCACGGGCAGCCCAGCAGACAUUCAACUUUGGUUUCAUCAUUGUUGGUGUGGUUCUCACGGGUGGCGUGGGUUACUUCCUCUGGACCGAGGUGUUUAGCACUGAGAGCAAGGUGACAUAUUUCAACCGUGCUGUGAAUCGGAUCAAGAGUGACCGUCGAUGUUUGGAGCUUCUUGGAGACAGCAAGAAGAUCACGGCCCAUGGCGAAGAGACAUAUAACAAGUGGAGGAGGGCCCGGCCAAUCUCGUCUACAGAGAGGACGGAUCAGCAAGGAAACCACCAUCUCAUCAUGCAGUUCUAUGUCGAGGGCCCGCUGAACAGGGGAUCAGUGCAUAUUCACCUGAUUAAACACGUGGGCCAUGGCGAGUAUGAGUACAAGUAUUUCUACGUAGAUAUCAGGGGUCAGCAGAGGAUCUAUCUCGAGAACGACAGUGCCAGCUCUCAGCAAGGCGGUGGAGGGAAAGGCACCAAGCUCUUUGGCAUCAAGUGGAGCUGAAUUGCGACACAUCGAG